AUGAACCCCGAACUAGACGUCAGAAAUUGCUGCCUGGUGGACAUCCGAGACUUCCUCGAAUGUGCUCACUUUAUGGGGCACAAAGUGCUCGUGGAUCGUGUAAGAAUGCUGGACAUUUUGACCAGCAAGGAAACUCUUCCCCCAGUUGUGAUCAACAAAGUUGCUGGGUACUAUCAAGUCACUCCUGGCACCAUCGCUGCUCUGACAAAUCAUGGUCUUGCUGCUCAAUGUUUGGAGGAUCGAGCACUGAUUGCAACCAUCAGCGUGGAUGAAAUGCGUGGACACUACCUUUCCGAAGAGAGCUCCUCCUACCAGCACUUACGUGGGCUCUCUUACCUCUACAUCUUCUGCGCUUGGAUUUCCCGGCAUGCCAUCGAGAAAAACACAAAACAAAGGGUUUUUGAUGUCCCAAACUUGCAUCAUGCUUGGUAUACUGCGAGUAUUUGUCUAGCUGUUUUCUUCCAGUCUCCACACCGCAAUCAACGCCUUGGCUGGCAUCCUACCACCGUUUGCAAGAUUCCUCCUAAUUGCAACUUGAAAAUAUUCAACAAUGCCGAAUUGGUCGCACAACUCGCUGAAUCUGCUGAGAAAGGCUAUGAAGCUGGGUCUCUUACUAGACUCUGUACAAUCCGCAUCUCCUUUCUAAAAGGCUGGGGAGCUGGUUAUAGGAGGCAGACGUUUGAUGCGACUCCGUGCUGGAUCAAAGCUCGAGUAAUGAAAUUAGUGAUAAUAUUUUGUAUGAGCGUACUAGCAACUGAAGCAUGCAAAUGCCACAAAAAGGCAUGGUCAUUAAAGAGAGCUCUUUGCAAUUCUAGUAGAGUUUAUAAAAUGGAGCUCGUAACAUACAGUUCGGUUACGACUUUCAAUCCGAGAAUCGUCACUUUCUAUGUGAAAACCCAUUCAAUGCACAAGCCUUUCCAUCCUGAAAACAAAAAAUUCCCAAGGACAAUUACAGUAAAAAGAGAUUCAUUGUGCGCAGUUCCCGUAUUUAGGAAGCCUUUUUACAUGGGUGGUAAGAAAUUUGUCUCGUUUCUAGUAUUCUAA